ACUUGUUUGGGGUGAGCAUGAUCAUCCCUCUGCUCAGCCAUCAUGUGAAGGCUCUCGGAGCAAGUCCCACUGUGGCUGGUAUUGUGGGGUCUACAUAUGGGAUCCUGCAGCUUUUCUCAAGCACUAUAGUUGGCAGCUGGAGCGAUGUGGUCGGACGGCGGUACUCUCUGCUGACAUGUCUGCUGUUGAGCGCUCUGGGCUACGGCCUCUUGGGGAUGUCUACGAGCAUCACUCUGUUUGUCCUCGCACGAAUACCUGUGGGACUGUUCAAACACUCCCUGUCCAUCUGCAGAGCCUUGCUGUCUGACCUGGUGUCAGCAUCAGAGCGCCCCCUGGUGAUGGGACACUUUAAUGCAGCUUCUAGUGUCGGCUUCAUCCUUGGACCGGUGGUGGGUGGAUACCUCACUGAGCAAGAAGGAGGCUUUUACAUCUCUUCCUUUACUUGUGGAGCAAUCUUUCUUAUUAAUGCUGCGUUGGUAUGGAUGCUGCCAUGGAGCGAGACACGAACUGAUCGUUGUGAAACAAACCACAGCAACAACACAAGUAAAGGAUGUCAUGACACUUACUGCAGCAAGUCCGUGCAGAAUGGUUCUCAUGCAAAGAGCCACCAGCCCGUGGUGAAAACAGAGACCGGAGCAGCUUCCAGAUCUUCUUGGAAGCAUCGUCUCAGGUGGAGGGAGGUGUCUCUGCUCCAGCCUGCUUGGAGACAGCUCUCUUCAGUGAGCUCAAGAAUCCACAUGGUGGCCUCCUCUGACAUGUGGGACCUCUUUCUGGUGCGUCUCCUAAUGGCCGUAGCCAUCAUGCUCUACUACAGUAACUUCUCCUUGGCCCUGGAGGAGCGUUUCUCUCUCAGACCAAAAGUGACAGGUUAUCUGAUCAGCUAUAGCAGCACCUUAGGAGCCCUGGCUGGAUUCCUGGUGGGGCCCGUUACCCAGAUUUAUAAGAACAACAUGCCCUCCCUGCUGCUUCAUUCCACAGUGCUCACCUGCUCACUUAUUUUCCUCUACGCUGCUGCGCCGAGCGUCUGGCAAGUGCUGCUCACCUCCACCUUCUUUGCCAUUUCCACCACUAUUGGACGGACGUGUAUCACAGACCUGGAGCUGCAGAGGGGAGGGGCCCAGGCCAGUGGGACUCUGAUCGGAGCCGGACAGUCAGUCACAGCUGUAGGUCGGGUUUUGGCCCCUCUCCUCUCCGGUCUGACCCAGGAGUUCAGCCCCUGCGGUCCUCCCAGUCUGGGGGUUGUGCUUGCUCUGGCAGCUGUAGGUUUGCUCCUCGUCAGAAUCCCUAAAUGGGACAAAAGUGGAGCCGUAAAAACAGUGAAACUCUGAAAACUCACCAAAACAUAAAUGCA